AUGAGUUAAAGUUAUGAUCCUAAGUAAAUUAGGUAAAAGCUUCAUGCAGUAAUGAAAAGUACCAAUCCUGUACUUAAGCUAAGUGAUGAAGAGAAGGAAUUAUAUAAUUUAAAGCAAUAACUAGAGGAUCAUAAAGCAAAUUUGUAAGAAGCAGUAACAUUUAUGAAAAAGGUUCUGCAAACUGAAAUAUUUGAUCAUUUAAGAUUUAAGCAUGGUAUUUAUGAAAAAGCAGAUGCUGAAUGGUACUAUUCUAGCCAAGAUUAUUGGGCUAAGUAAUAUUGUGUUUUUUCUUGGGAUGAAGAAAAAAAAGCUUUACCUAAAUAUUGGUGUGACAGCGGUUGCUAAGUUUGUAAUGAUUUAUAUCAAAAAUAUAAAAGUACAAUGGACAUCGCUGAUGAGCAUAGAAUAAAAUCAAUAAAAGGCGUUGAUGACUUAAAUAAAGAUUUAAAUAGAUACGCGUUUGAAUAAAGAAUGAAAUAAUAAUAAAAUAAUAUGAAUAACUAAAAUUUUAUAAAUAAACCUAAUUUUUUUAACAAUAUUUUUUCAUAAAAAAAAUGA